AUGAAACAUAACUUUUCUCAUCCAAAUAGACUUAUCGCAAGAUUUGAAGAAGACCACCUGACAAGACGGCAUUUAAUUAGUUUAAAUUCAGUCAAAUCGACAUUGAACCUUAAAAACACUUUUUUUUCUGAAAAUUUGAGGAAAAGAAAAACGACGAUGAGAAAUAAAAGAAUUGGACUAAAAGAAGUGAGCGCUUUAUCACCUUCCUCAUUCAGCAAAUCGACCGUCCAUUUAAGUCCUAUUAUCAGACUCAAAAAAGCUAGAAAUCAUAUUGUAAGCUUAAAAUCUAAAUUAGAAGAAAAAGAUAAAGAAAUAAAUAGACUGAAAUCUGAAUUAGCAGUAUGGCAGCAUAUAAAUAUUAAUAAAGAUGCACCAACUCCAGAUAUAAACCCGAUGCUAACCCCGGAUUAA